GUCGAUGUUUUCGUCUUUCGUGAUUUGAACUAGUCAACAAAACCACGUGACCAGCAUUGCGGAAGUACUGCAUGCUGUCGAUAGAAGAGCAGAAUGAGAAGAGGCCACCUCUUGUCCGCCUUUUAAGCUGCAAACAUGCCUCGCUCGGAGAUCCGUGUGUGUUUCUUCGUCUCGUUGGCCUUUCUUCACGUCGCCAACGCAUUCAAGAAUCAAACGUGGCCGGUGCCGUACAGACGCUUCGACCAUCGGCCCGAAGCGGACCCUUACUGUCAAGCUCUUUUCCCGUUCUGUCCCACCGGCGACCGAGACGGCCGCAUUCCCUACAUGAAGGACGCUGACGUCGUUUCGGUGUAUCGCCUGCAGACUCCCGUCUGGGAAUUCAAGUACGGAGACGUCCUGGGAAAACUCCGCAUCAUGCACGACGCCGUCGGCUUCAGCAGCGCCGAGACGGGGGCCAACUACACCGUGGAGUGGUACGAACUCUUCCAGCUGGGAAACUGCACCUUCCCGCACCUCCGACCGGACGUCUUCGCCCCCUUCUGGUGCAACCAGGGGGCCGCGUGCUUCUUUGACGGCAUCGACGAUUUCCACUGGGCGCAGAACGGAACCUUGGAGAAAAUAGGAGAAAUCAGCGGCAAUCAGUUUAACGAUCUGGCCCGGUGGGUGCGCGACGACAACACGACGGGCAUCUACUACGAGACGUGGACGGCGCGGUCCCACCCGGGCCCCGACGCCACCGUGUGGUUCGAGUCGUACGACUGCUCGCAGUUCGUGCACCGCGCUCACCGCAAGCUGAGCGCGCUGGGGGCCAAACUGUCCAGCCGCUCCCAGACCAACUACACCAAGAUCUACCUGUACAGCGGAGAGCCCGCCUACCUGGGCAACGACAGCGCCAUCUUCGGCCAGCCGGCGCUCAAGAACCUGGCGACGGAGAUCCGGGACUUUUACGAGGUCUUCCGACCCCACCAGUCCCUGGCGGAGUUCGCCUUGAGCGUGCUGCGGGCUUACAAGAAGGUGGUGAUGGACAAACGCUUCUACUUGUACUACAACUUUGAGUACUGGAGGCUGCCCAUGAAGCCUCCCUACGUGGGCAUCCUAUACGAGGAGGUGCCUUUGCCUUAAAACCGACAACCGGGAGACAAUUAUUUUUAUACCGUAUACUAUGAAAAACGAUCCCCCCCGUUAAAAGUUAAUAUAAAACGUAUGUUCUGAAGAACGAAAUGUCCGUUGCAAAGCAUCCAUUCACAAAUGUUUAUUAGCAAACGAUCACAUGUCCAAAGGUCGUGUUCAAAUCUCAAGACAGGCGAGCAGUACAGCAAAGCAGACGACGCGUUUCAAGGACAGUUGACGCUCCGAACUAAGCAACUUACCGGAUCAACCUGUCAACAUGGAAAAACAAACUUUUUUUUUGUAGCAAAUAAAA